AUGUAUAAAAAUAAUAAUUAUUUUUGGUUACAGGCAGACAAACUCAAAGAUUCAGAGAUAGAAACUGGAGAAUUUGCUCUUGAAACGUAUGGAGAUGGAGACGGUAAAUUAGAUGCCUCAAAUUUAGGAAAAUUUAUCUAUUGUUGUGGUCUCAAUCCUAGUCUAGAGAUAUUAAAAACAGCAGGAAUGACAGAAAAAGAAGGAGAGAAGAAAUUAAAUCUAGACGAAUGUUUAAACAUUUACGCAGAACUGAAAAAGCAAAUAAAAGAUUUUGGGUGUUAUGAAGAUUUUAUUGAAUGUUUAAAAUUAUAUGACAAAAACGAGAACGGUUUUAUGUUAGUUGGUGAAUUAAGUCAUUCCCUAUUAACCUUAGGAGAAAAAUUAACUGACGCUGAAGUAGAUGAAGUUUUUGAACAGUGUUUGGAUGAAGAGAAUGACGAUGGUGAAAUUCCUUAUAUACCUUUCCUCAGAAGGAUGUGUGAGUUGGACCCACCAUUGAAACCCAAGAAAAAAUAA